GCUCGGGCGCGCGCCCAGAGGGUGGGGUGCACGCCGAGAAGCGCAUCCCCGCGUCUCGCGCCCGCGCCGCCAGCUUCCGCGCGCCUCCUCAGCAUCCUCAGGCCCGGCAGCAACCCCUGCAGUCGCUGGAGCGGCCGCGCCCGCCACUGGGAAGGUGCAGCCGCUGGGGAGGCUCCAAGUUGGCGGAGCGGCGGGACCCUCUCCCCCCCUCCUCUGCGGGCCGCUCCAGGAAGGGCCGAGAGGAGAACCGAGAAGGGCGCGCCACCAGCCCUGAGCCCCCGAGCCCCUGUCCUCUGCCUGCGGCCGCAGCAUGCGCGCCCAGCCGGCGUGACCGGCUCCGCCCGCAGCCGCCCUGCAGCCCAGCCCGGCGCUCUCGCGGGUCACUCGGAGUGGCGCCCGGGAGCGAUGAGCCAUGAAGCCGCCCGGCAGCAGGUCCCGGCGGCCGCCCACGACGGGCUGCAGCCUUGCAGGCGCCUCCCGCGGCCACGCGCCGCCCUGCCGCCUGCUCCUCGUCCUUCUGCUGCCUGCGCUCGCCGCCUCGUCCCGGCCCGGCCCCCGAGGGGCCGCUGCGCCCAGCGAUCCACAUUGGAAUGAAACUGCAGAAAAAAACCUGGGAGUUCUGGCAGAUGAAGACAGUAUGUUGCGACAGAACAUCAGCAGUAAUAUCAGCUACAACAAUGCAAUGCAGAAGGAAAUCACACUGCCUUCAAGACUUGUAUAUUACAUCAACCAGGACUCCGAAAGCCCCUAUCAUGUUCUUGACACAAAGGCAAGACACCAGCAGAAACACAAUAAGGCUGUCCACCUGGCCCAGGCCAGCUUCCAGAUUGAAGCCUUCGGGUCCAAGUUCAUUCUUGAUCUCAUGCUGAACAAUGGUUUGCUGUCUUCUGACUAUGUGGAGAUUCACUAUGAAAAUGGAAAGCCAGUGUACUCUAAGGGUGGAGAGCACUGUUACUACCAUGGAAGCAUCAGAGGUGUCAAAGACUCGAGGGUGGCUCUGUCUACAUGCAAUGGACUUCAUGGGAUGUUUGAAGACGAUACCUUUGUGUAUAUGAUCGAGCCGCUGGAGCUGAUUCAUGAUGAGAAAAGCACAGGCCGACCACACAUAAUCCAGAAAACCUUGGCAGGACAGUAUUCUAAGCAAAUGAAGAAUCUCAGUACAGACGGCAGUGACCAGUGGCCUUUUCUAUCUGAAUUACAGUGGCUGAGAAGAAGGAAGAGAGCAGUGAACCCAUCACGUGGUGUGUUUGAAGAAAUGAAAUAUUUGGAGCUUAUGAUUGUUAAUGAUCACAAGAUGUAUAAGAAGCACCGCUCUUCUCAUGCACAUACCAACAACUUUGCCAAGUCUGUGGUCAACCUUGUGGACUCUAUUUACAAGGAGCAGCUCAACACCAGGGUUGUCCUGGUGGCUGUAGAGACCUGGACUGAGAAGGAUCAAAUUGAUAUCACCAUCAACCCCGUGCAGGUGCUCCACGAGUUCUCCAAAUAUCGGCAGCGUAUCAAGCAGCAUGCUGACGCCGUCCACCUCAUCUCGCGUGUGACAUUCCACUAUAAGAGAAGUAGUCUGAGUUACUUUGGGGGUGUGUGUUCUCGCACGAGAGGCGUUGGUGUGAAUGAGUAUGGGCUUCCAAUAGCAGUGGCACAAGUAUUAUCGCAGAGCCUGGCUCAAAACCUUGGAAUCCAGUGGGAACCUUCUAGCAGGAAGCCAAAAUGUGACUGCACGGAAUCCUGGGGUGGCUGCAUCAUGGAGGAGACAGGGGUAUCCCAUUCUCGAAAGUUCUCAAAGUGUAGCAUUUUGGAGUACAGAGACUUUCUACAGAGAGGGGGUGGAGCCUGUCUUUUCAACAGACCAACAAAGCUGUUCGAGCCCACAGAAUGUGGCAAUGGAUAUGUAGAGGCUGGGGAAGAAUGCGAUUGUGGUUUCCAUGUGGAAUGCUAUGGGUUGUGCUGUAAGAAGUGCUCGCUCUCCAAUGGGGCCCACUGCAGCGACGGCCCCUGCUGCAAUAACACCUCCUGUCUUUUUCAGCCACGAGGGUAUGAAUGUCGGGAUGCUGUGAAUGGCUGUGACAUCACUGAAUAUUGUACUGGAGACUCUGGCCAGUGCCCACCAAAUCUUCAUAAGCAAGAUGGAUAUGCCUGCAAUCAAAAUCAGGGUCGCUGCUACAACGGCGAGUGCAAGACGAGGGACAACCAAUGCCAGUACAUAUGGGGAACAAAGGCUGCAGGUUCUGACAAGUUCUGUUAUGAAAAGCUGAAUACAGAAGGCACCGAGAAGGGGAAUUGUGGGAAGGAUGGAGACCGGUGGAUCCAGUGCAGCAAACAUGAUGUGUUCUGUGGAUUUUUACUUUGUACCAAUCUUACUCGAGCUCCACGUAUUGGUCAGCUUCAAGGAGAGAUCAUCCCAACUUCCUUCUACCAUCAAGGCCGAGUGAUCGACUGCAGUGGUGCUCACAUAGUUUUAGAUGAUGAUACAGAUGUGGGCUAUGUAGAAGAUGGGACGCCAUGUGGCCCAUCCAUGAUGUGUUUAGAUCGGAAGUGCCUACAGAUUCAAGCCCUAAAUAUGAGCAGCUGCCCACUUGACUCCAAGGGUAAAGUCUGUUCAGGCCAUGGGGUGUGCAGCAAUGAAGCCACGUGCAUCUGUGAUUUCACCUGGGCAGGCACAGACUGCAGCAUCCGGGAUCCAGUUCGGAACCUUAACCCUCCAAAGGAUGAAGGCCCUAAGGGUCCUAGUGCCACCAAUCUCAUAAUAGGCUCCAUCGCUGGUGCCAUCCUGGUAGCAGCUAUUGUCCUUGGGGGCACAGGCUGGGGAUUUAAAAAUGUCAAGAAGAGGAGGUUUGAUCCUACCCAGCAAGGCCCCAUCUGAAUCAGCUGUACUGGAUGAACACCACCUUGUAUUGUUGGGUUUUUGGUAUGACAUCUUUGCAGCCACGCUGCCAGAACUACUAAGUCUGUAAACAAGACCAUUGGGUAGUAAUGACUACAGAGCUAAAAUUGGGGUGGUGGGAAUGAGGUACAAGAAAACUCUCCCAGAAGUAACUUCAAGGAAACCCUUCCACCAUCUGUCAAUAAGGGGAAGGUGCCUAAAGACCAUAUCAUUAAAAAUAACUGCUCAGAAUUCUUUAUUUUUCUUUUUAACUAAAGGAGAAAGGAGCAACAAAAAGUGCAAUAAAAGAACCAUUAAAAUAGAAAAUCAUUUUCCCCUUAGCCUGCUGGCACUUAAUGUCUCCUAAAUGAUUUGGCAUGAUUUUUUUUCUUUUACUAUCAAUGACAAACUCCAGUGGCAUGAAGAUCCAAUUUUGGAAAGGGUAAAAACUGCAUGGCAUAUAUACAACAACAGCUAGCAAGCCAAUCUUCUGCAAAACCUACAGUGGAUUCCCAAGGGGAAGAUGACAGACGAAUGCACAGAAGCUUCCUGGGCCUGGAAAAUGCUUCCCCAAGCACCCCACCCCCCACCCCCAUAACCCUUUCCUGUGCCCUACGUAGCCUGCUGCCCAAUCAAGACCAGCCCAUGGCAGAACUCAGCUGGAACGUGCUCUUGUUAAUUCACUUUUCCCAUCAUUUUCUCUCCUGGACCAAGCAUCGUUUGGAAAUGGGAGCUGGAAUUUGAACAAUGCUAUUGUAUAGUUCUUUUAUAAAUGUAAAUAUGAAAACGAGAUUUUGACAUGUCAUUUUCACUUGUCUGUAUUGAAAUCUUUUUCUUGUAUAGAUUCUCUAAAUUUGAGUUUGUUGCUUACACCCCAUCUUUUUUGUUGUUUUCUCUUCUUUCCUUCUUUGCUCUCGUACGACAUGUCCAAUAAUUGUUGGGCUUGCUUAAAAAGACGGGUGUAGUCCCAGAUGUAGGGAGUUUGGGCACAAAACAACUUAAAGCUAGGAUGCUUGAAACCAAACAUAAGCAAAAACGGGGAGGCCACAAACAAAACAACCUCAUCAAGAACACAGUCAUGUGAAUGUGACUAUAUAUGUACUGAUGAGUCUAAAUUUUUUUUGAUGUCAUCAUAAACAUGUAUAUAAUGUAAGAAAAUAGAGAUCCUCUCAAAUUAAUCACAAAAGUGCCAAGCUCAUGAUUUUAGUGAUUUUGGUUUUGAGUUUUGACGAUUUUCUUUCCCGGUCUUUAAUGUGAAAGGAGGGUAAACUUAAAGCCUUAAAUUAAAAAAUAAUAGUUUUUAAAUGUUGGAAAUUUGGAAAGAAGUCAAGCUUUCCAUUCUGUCCCCAUCUAUUUUUGCCACAUUUCACUCACGCUUCAUCUUUCUGCCUGAGGAUCCAUGUGGUAGACCCCAUUGUGGCCGUGGUAAUGGCAGCAGAGUGGCAGGUCUCCUUCUGAUUGUUUCUGGCUCUCAUUCUGUGUGGUGAUUUCAGGAAACUUGCCUGAGCCGAAGCAUUGUGCUGACCAGUAAAAUGCUUCUCUGGAUUGAAAUGGGAGUACACCAUGUAUGAAUUCAUUCUUUGUGGGUACGAUCUUGGAGCUCCAACCCCCCGCCAAGUUUCCUUCACUCUCACCCAUUUCUCCUUCAAGUACUGCCAAGACAGCUUCCAUUGAAGUGUCAGGUGAAAAGCUAUUGAAGAAAUUUGGUUCCGGCUUCAUUUUAGAUGUACAGACUUGUACAGAAUGACUUCAGUGAGCUCUACUGCUCCAGAGCCCCCACUUCUCCACUGUCCUCUUUUUUAGGAAGAAGACAUGCAGUUGUACUAUGCAUUUCUUCUUGGCACUGAGUUACUCACUAGAUUUAGCUCUAAGUCCUUUCCCAGCAAGAUUCAUGACAUGUUUUACAACUUUUUCCUUGACUAGAAAGAAUGAUUUCCUAAAAAUAGACUGCUUAAAACAGUGGAAUUUCCCUUCCUCCCCCCAAGAUAUAUUUAAACAUUGAAGUUUCACACUCAUAGAGCAGAAACCUUAAUUUCCAUAUGCUUCCACAGACCAUAACCUAAUAUUUUAAUCCUGUUAUGGCUUUCUGAGUACUAGGUGCUAUACAGGUAUGCAGUCUCUCUCUUGAACUUGCUAUGUUUAUAUUGUAAUAACAGGGCUAUCUAUAAGCCUUACUCCUGGUUUCAUAAGACACAAGUUGUAUCCUUUACUUAUUGGCGAUAGCUCUUUCAGCUUGGAGGAGGGUUGGAGGAAACUCAGAUUACUUGGUAUCUCUUAUCUCUCUGCCUGUUGCUACACUGCUUAGCCAGUCGUCUUCACUAGGAGAUACCAAGUGGCUGCUAACCACACCAUACGCAUUUCACUACUAUUUCAGAGGCACCAUGGUGACUUAUCCGACUCAAAAUCAUGCCGGUUACAAAACAGAGAUCUCUAUUGUUAACUUUUGAGCAUUUCACAAAAACAUUGUAAAUGUGCGAUGUUAUGUUUUAAAUCAGACCACAGUGGUCCCCAAAUAUUAUGUAAAUAUGGCAAAUGUCAAUGUAACUUUUUGUUACACUGGCAGUUUCAUAGGUAAACAAACCUAUGCUCCAAUGUUAUUUAUGUAUAUGUAAAAUACACAAGCUUUAAGCUAUAUGUGUGUGUGUGAUUCAAAAGGUAGUGCAGCCAUACUAUAAACAGGGGUACAAUCAUUUGGGUGGUCUUAGGUUAUGUCGUUUUGAACUCUUUGCUGCAUUUUCUCUGGCAUAUGCCGUUCACUUGCUGGUUUUUGUGGUGUGAGUACUCCUUUUUACUAAUUUGAGUUAAAAAACCAGAAGCCUAUCACUUUAAUGUUACCCAGCAAGAGUGUUAAGUGAUGAGCAAGUUCCCAUUUCACCUGCUAUACUUUUGCUGUGAUGAUUAAUGGUACUGGGAUGAGGAAAGGGGUGCUAACUUCAUUGCUCACCUGGGAUCUUGCAUGAGCCCACUGAAUUAGAGCUACUCCUACUGAUAAGUGAGCAGUACAGAUAGGUGCAUGUUACAAAACAUGAAUCAUAGAAGGGUGGAGUUUUGGCAAGUGAUGUGUGUUUUCUUUCGUUUUCAUUUUUACUAUGCAAAGAUGGGAAAUGCACAAGCUUUUCAAAGACAUGUCUGAAGAACUUUACAAAUGAUACUUGAACUCUUUAGUCAUCCCAUCACAUUUCAUGGUUAUUGUUGCUUCCGUUGUUAAUUUUCAUUUCCCCCUAAUUUUAACAGCUUGUAAUGUUUAAACGUACAACUGGAGCUUUUGUUUGAAGUUAAUAAACUUCUAUCUUCUUGGCUGCCUAUGAAUGGGAUUCAGUCAUCCUUAUAUGCAUCUUAGUUGAGUAUGUAUUAAAACUUUUACUAAUGUAGAAUGUUGUAGCUUUGCGCUUUGAUCUGUUUUUCUUAAAUCUUUUUGUGUGUGUGUGUUUUCUUGCACUGUUGAUGAAAUAGCCAUGUGCCUGAAAUCAUCUGAGUUUUAGUACCAGUCUCAAUCAAAGGUUCACUGAAAAUUGAAGCAGUCAAUGGAGCAAAAUAAAUCUUUGAUCAAUGAUAAACAUG